AUUUCAUCUUUUGGUUUUGUAGUGAAUUGACAUGGACAUCAUCAGUCAAUGUCCGGAUCACUUGCUCUUGCGAAUACUGUCAUCUAUUCCAACAAAAGAUGUCAUUGUCACGAGUCUUUUAUCCAAAAGAUGGGUAUCUCUUUGGAGAUGGGUGCCAAAACUUGAAUAUGAUUUUACAAGUCAAAACAUAAAGUUUGUUUACAGGUCUUUGCUACAAAAUAAAGCUCCAGUUCUCGAGAGCUUGCAUCUCAAGAAUCUUAGCCUUAAUCCUGAAUGUCGUGCCGUAGAUAUUGGAGGAUGGAUUGAUAUUGCAGUUAGUCGGCGUGUUCGUGAGCUGGAAAUUUCUAUUAAUUAUUCUGAUGAAAGAUUCAGAUUGCCUAGUAGCCUAUAUACAUGUGAAACGCUUGAAAGCUUCACACUCACCAUUAAACAUUGCGUUCUUGUGGUUGCUCCUUUUGCGGGUUGUCUCCCUUCCCUCAAGAAACUACACCUUAGGUGUAUUGGUAAGGCAGACAACGCAUCUCUUCUUAGGCUUAUAUCCGGUUGCACUAAUCUUGAAGAGUUGUGUUUAGCACGACCUGAUGAUGAUGGCGACUAUAUUAUGAUACAUAAGGCAGGCCAUACUAUAGAUUACACUGUUGAUGUGCCUUCCUUUAGAAGAAGGAAAAUAUUUGAGAGUAUGUUUGAUCACAUGUUUGGAAAGGGUAGUAGUAAUGUGAUCAAUGCUCCUUUGCAACACUUUUCUAUUUCUAAUGGUUAUUAUAUUUACAACAUCCGUGGGAUUGAAAAAAUGCCUGAUUUGGACGUGUUACGUGUUGCGUUUACUAAUGGAACAUACACGUUUCUGAAAGAGCAUACUCAUUUCGGAAGCCUUUAUCUAUGUUUAUCACUUUCAGAGGUUACGAAUCCUUCUGGAGUGAUCUUCCGUAACCUUGUUGACCUUAAGAUAUGUACAUGUACUCAUGGUUGGUGGGAUCUUCUUACUCAGAUGCUCCAAGAUUCCCCAAAACUACGUUUUCUCACACUCACCAAUGAACAUUGCUAUGGACUUCCUAGUUUAGAGACACCGCCCUGCUGGAAGCGGCCGAGUGCUGUUCCCGCGUGUUUAUUGUCCAGUCUUCAAGGUUUCAAGUGGAGUGGGUAUAAUGGGAGACAACGAGAUAAAGAAGUUGCAACAUAUAUCCUGAGGAAUGCUACUGGUUUGAAGAAAAUGAUUUUCUCUUCACAAACAUUUGAUUUUAGAGAGAAGUUUCGGAUGCUCCAGGAGUUAGCAUCUGUACCUAAGCCUUCGCUAUCAUGUCGGCUUCUGUUCGACCGAACAAAUUAGUCUGAAGAUAUAUCAGAGAUCUUGUUGAUUCUUAGAUGUUUGCUUUCUUGCUCUCCAUAUUUGAACCCCAAAAACAGGAGUGAUGAAAAGGAUAGAUUUUAAAGAAAGAUUAUAAUGGC